ACUCUAUUCAAUACUACUCUAUUAAGUAUUUAUUAUUUACGUUUGAUUCUUUAGCUUUCCAUUUUUUAUUAAGUUUUGUUCGAAAUUUUAGCAAAUAUACAACAUAAAAAAAGGUUUACUACCAAUUUGAAAUUAAUACUUAAUGUUAAUUAAUACAUUUAGAUUUAAGUGAAUUACAAGAUAAUUCAGUUUUUCUAGCUUUGAAAGUAUAUUUAAUUUUAAAUAUUUUUUGAAGUUAUUGUAUCACAUUUGGAUUUAUAUCUAGUAUUAUUAAGAUUAAUCACAGUGAACCGGUUUGUCUGCCUGACCCCCUCCAGCAUUACUGUGUACCGUAAAGUGUGUAGUGUGUACACUAGUGUCCGGUGUUUGAAGCAUCUACUAUCUGACCAAAGAUGGCUGGACGUGCAUUACAUUUUGUGUUCAAAAUAGCCGAGAGAACCAAAACCAUGAAGUUUUAUAGAGAACUUUUGGGAAUGAAAGUACUGAGACACGAAGAAUUCACUCAAGGUUGUGAGGCGGCAUGCAAUGGCCCAUAUGACAACCGUUGGAGUAAAACUAUGAUCGGAUAUGGACCAGAAGAUACUCAUUUUGUAAUUGAACUUACUUACAACUACGGUGUUGAUGAUUACAAGCUUGGAAAUGAUUUCCUUGGAAUAACACUAAAAUCUUCAAAAGUAUUAGAAAAUGCUAAAUCGCUCGGUUGGCCUGUUGAAGUUGAAGAUAACAUGUCCUAUGUUGUAGCGCCAGGAGGAUAUAAGUUUUAUGUGAUUGAUGAACCUCAACCUGUUGAUAAAGAUCCUGUUGUAAAUGUCAUGUUAUCGUCUACUAAUUUAACAAAAUCUAUGAAAUUUUGGAACGGUAUACUUGGCUUAAACAUUUUCAAUCAAAAUGAAUCUUUAAUUGAAUUAGGAUUUGGCGAAGAUCAAGCUAAACUGAAGUUAAGAGAUAUUGGGGAGCCAAUUAAUCAUGCCACAGCAUAUGGAAGAAUAGCAUUUUCAGUUCCUACGUCUGAUUUAGAAAGUUACCAAGAAAAUGCUAAAAAUAAUCAAUAUAAAAUUUUAACUCCUUUCGUAACCUUAGACACACCAGGAAAAGCUUCAGUGUCCGUGGUAAUUUUUGCUGAUCCUGAUGGACAUGAAAUAUGUUUUGUUGGAGAUAAGGAAUUUCGUGAGUUAUCUCAGUUUGAUCCAAAUUCAGAAAAACAAUUAGAUAAGUAUAUUGUUAAAGAUGAAGCAAGAAAAUUGAAAAAUUAAAUGAUUGUGAUUACAAAAAUUUUUUUAAAUUUAUAUAAUCAACAUAAUAUUAUUAUUUUUAUAGUUUUAUAAAUUGUUAUUCAUAAAAUAUUAUUUAAAACAAUGGAUUAAUUUAUUUUGAAAAUUAUAGACUAUAAUUUUAAAAUCUUAAUGUAAUGUUCAAAAGAAAUAUCAUGUUAAUGUUAAUCAUUAUGUUUGGCAUUAGGUCUAUUCAUUUUAUACUCAAAAAUAUAUUAUUUAAACCUAAUAUAAUACGAUUAUUUAUAUUUCAGAUGAUUAUAAUUUAUAAGUUAUAACUUGAAACUAUAAACAUAUUUAGACUUUUAAUUGCAAUGUUUUUAAUAAAUAUGUAAACUUUUAAACUUUUAAAUAAUAUAACGUAAGUAUGGUUCUUUCUUUUUAUAA